GUAAAAACCUGAUUUACAAUGGAAAAACUGCUUGUCUGCUUGUUGGUUAUUGGAAUGGCAGUGAAGGCCCAGAUCUGUCCGAAGCGCUGCGUCUGUCAAGUUCUAUCCCCCAACCUCGCAACACUCUGUGCCAAAAAAGGGUUGCUCUUUGUUCCGCCCAACAUCGACAGGCACACCGUGGAGCUCCGGCUAGCUGAUAACUUUGUCACCAGCAUAAAACGGAAAGACUUGGCCAACAUGACCAAGUUGGUGGAUCUUACUUUGUCAAGGAAUACAAUAAGUUACAUCACUCCACAUGCGUUCGCGGACUUGGAGAACUUACGAGCCUUGCAUCUAGACCACAACCGGUUGACACGAAUAGCCAAUGAUACCUUCAAUGGCAUGUCUAAGCUGCAUCACCUGAUUCUGAACAACAACCAACUGACCCUCAUCCACAUGGGAGCCUUUAACGACCUACUAGCCCUCGAAGAACUGGACUUAUCCUACAACAACCUGGAGACCAUCCCCUGGGAGGCCAUUCAAAAGAUGACCAGCCUACACACUCUUAGUCUGGACCACAACAUGAUCGAAUACAUUCCUGAGGGGACUUUUUCCCUCCUACAGAAGCUCAACCGCUUGGACGUGACCUCCAACAAGCUCCAGAAGCUUCCACCGGACCCACUUUUCCAGCGGGCGCAGGUUCUGGCCACGUCUGGCAUACUGAAUCCCUCCUCUUUCGCUCUGAGCUUUGGAGGAAAUCCUUUACACUGCAACUGUGAGCUGCUGUGGCUUCGGCGGCUCAAUCGUGAGGACGACCUGGAGACCUGCGCCACACCUUCGCACCUUUCUGGACGCUAUUUCUGGUCCAUCCCGGAGGAGGAGUUCCUCUGCGAGCCGCCCCUCAUCACCCGCCACUCUCACGAGAUGAGGGUCCUGGAGGGCCAACGGGUUGCGUUGAAGUGCAAAGCCAGGGGAGAUCCAGAACCUGCCAUUCACUGGAUAUCUCCCGAUGGGAAGUUGGUUUCAAACUCGUCACGCACCCUGGUUUACAACAAUGGCACAUUGGACAUCCUUAUAAGCACAGUAAAGGACACAGGCUCUUUCACGUGCAUUUCCUCGAAUCCUGCCGGGGAGGCCCACCAGACCGUGGAGCUGGUCAUCAUCAAGCUUCCACACAUUAGCAACAGCACCAAUAACAUCCAAGAGCCUGACCCGGGAUCUUCUGACAUCUCCACUUCGACAAGGGCAGGAGCAAACGGCAGCAACCACACCGGCGAUGUCAAGACCAACUCCGAUAAGAGGGUGGUUAUGGCAGAAGCCACUUCGUCCACAGCACUCAUUAAAUUUAACUUCCAGAGGAAUAUACCUGGAAUACGCAUGUUUCAGAUUCAGUAUAAUGGAACCUACGAUGACUCUCUUGUUUACAGAAUGAUUCCCCCAACGAGUAAAAACUUCCUGGUGAAUAACCUGGCUGCCGGGACGCAGUACGACCUCUGCGUGCUGGCCAUUUACGAUGACGGCAUAACCUCGCUGACGGCUACGCGAGUUGUGGGCUGUGUGCAGUUUACCACCGAAUCCGAAUAUCUGCGUUGCCACUUCAUGCAAUCCCAGUUCUUGGGUGGCACUAUGAUCAUCAUCAUUGGGGGCAUAAUCGUCGCCUCUGUCCUCAUCUUCAUCAUCAUCCUCAUGAUCCGCUACAAGGUGUGCAACAGCGGCGACUCCGCCAAGGGGACCUCGGUCACCGACGUGCACUCGCAAACUAACGGUGCACAAUCCCAGGGCUGUACUGUCACGCCGUCCGCGUCCAAACAAGGUGCUUUGAGCUUGGAGGAGGGCGAGGGGUGCAAAAAGAGCUCAGCCGUGCCUCUUCCUCCACCUCCAGAUUCCCAAACCCACACCUCAGAGACCUCCAUCCCAGACUGCUCCACCUCCACUUCCCUGGUAAGCCAAAGCUGGACGACUCCCGGCUCUUCAGGGUCACUAAAGCCAAAGCGCAAACCAGCGCCAAAGCCCAUCCCGGCGGCCUGCGCUGAGCCCAAAGUAGAGGCGCUGCUCAACGCAGAGACACAAAACACCAACCGCAACAACUCCACCGCUCUUCAGCAGCCAGACCCAACCCCUCCACCCCCUCCAUCCCGCUUCAAAGACACUCCGAUUUUAAGGAGGGCUCGUCCAUCUUCGUCCAAGUAUAUGACACUGCCCGUGGAAGGUGCACGGGCUAAACGCAGGUACUCUUUGAACGAGAACCUGUCGAAACAUCACUGCUACAUUGGCUCGCAGAAGCUGGGCAACAUGUUUUGCAAGCGGAGUAUGUCCGUGAACGGAAUGCUAGUCCAAAUGGCAAACUCGAAUCUAGACAGUGAGAAAACUGCAUUUUCCAGUUCAGAGUGGAUUCUAGAGAGCACCGUGUGAAUGUACGACUGCUGUAGACUAGAUGGAGUGCCCGCAUCUCAUUGUGUACGUGCGUCCGUGUGUGUGUGUGGGUGGAUGUGUAUAGGCGCUCAUAGUAUAUAAAUGUGUGUGAUCGUAUGAAUGUGCACGUUUUGCACCAUUUCUUUUGUUUCCAUCCGCAAAUCAUAUUUUCUGCUGUCUUUUUAUUAAUGUUUUCUGGAAACCCAUGGAUUAAUGUGGAUAUUUGCCUUGAGGGAGGUGCGAGAGCCGCUCUGAUCAAGAUCCAUAUCAAUCACCCGAGAGAGACACGCCUCCAUCUUCACUGCACACGCCGAGCGUCACGGUAAGAGGAAAGCAUCGGUGCCUUCCUGUGUCCUCUUACCAGGGGCUCCUACUGGAUACGAGCUUUGUGUCGGUUACACGGAUGGAAAGAAACAUAAGAGAUUUCACAAAAAAGCCUUUCUAUUCAAGGAAAUGACAUUUCCUGCAUAUUAUAGAGGAAAAAAACAACUAUAUAAGGACUUGAUACUGGGACCUGUUAUUAAAUUGAUAUUUUUUAAAAAAUCAAAGCGUUUUCUUUUCUGUGACAUUGAUUUUGCCUUUGUUUUAAGGCAUAAAAAACCAUGUACAUAAAGACAACAUCUGCUGUGUUCUUA